AUGUCUCAACUCAAUCAAAAAGUAGUCCAAGCCACUAACACUAAUAAAAUAACUCUCAAAGAUAUCCGAACCCAAAUCAAAAAAGAAUUCUUGGAAAAUACUUGGUCUGAUUUAGAAAAUAUCCCUCAUUAUAUCAUUAGAAAUAACAAUAAUCGAUUAACCAUUAUCUUCCAAAAUCGAGGACAAUAUGACUUUGCUAAUCCUCGAAUAGUCUUAUUCUAUGGUCGAAACUCUUUAUCCGAAGACACUAAACAAAGAAACGAAAAAGCUAAACGAAAAGCCUAUUACGGAGACAUGAUGAAUAGCAAAGGGCAAGCCAAUAUUACUUCUUCUCAAUUCAAUAACGAACAUUUAAAUAAAGAGGACCAAAACUCUCAUAACUGUCCUGCUUGUGAUAAUUGUUUUGAUUUUUGUGGAGAUUUAAGAAAUAAAAAAGCUGUUCCAGUUGUAGGAGUUAUGUCUUCUUCAGAUACUUCGGCUGUGGUGAUUACUGAUGACCAAGGUCAACCUGUAAUUGCUGUCCCUACUAACUUAAAAUUAAAAGAGUUAGAAACUGGUCGAAGUAUUGGCAAUACUUUAAGUGGAAUUAUGAAGGAUAGUUCUGUCCCUACUCUCUUAUUUGUAGUAGAUGGAGAACACCAAACUAAACAAAAACCAGGUUGUGUAAUCCCAGCAGCCGACCCCCGAAGAAUACCAAGAGACAAAGAUGGCUAUUUGUGA